AUGACUUCCCCGGGAAACCAUCACGAUGAGCUGGUCGGAGCUACUCCCCACUACCCCAUGCUUCACAAGCAAGAUGACCUCAAACUCUUCUCCAGCGCCGGCUUCGAUAUGGACAAGGUGAGUGCAGAUCAGCGGGCUCUCGGCCAGGACUGCACCUGGUUCUAGCGCGCGAGCGAGAUAUUCCGAGACACGUCUUGCUCAACGCAGUCGCACCUUUGGCACCACCUCAGAUCCAUCUCAAGCGCAAUGCUCCCGUCGCGCAACUGUACGAGGAGGCCAUCCAAAAAGAGGGUGCCGUCAUUAGCGACAGUGGUGCGCUGAUCAAUUUCUCCGGAAAAAAGACUGGUCGCUCUCCCAAGGACAAGCGUAUCGUGUUUGAGGAGACCAGCAAGGACGAGAUCUGGUGGGGACCCGUCAACAUCAAGAUGGACGAGCACACUUUCGAGAUCAACCGCGAGCGGUGAGUAGCGCUGCACGCGCGUGGGAAAGGUUGGGUUCGGUGGGACAUCUUGCGCAGCAAGCUCACUCUAGGUGGCUCGUUCUGUGCGGCAGUGCCAUCGACUAUCUGAACACUCGCGAGGACAUCUACGUCUUUGAUGGAUUUGCAGGCUGGGAUCCCAAGUACCGCAUCAAGGUCCGAGUCAUUUGCGCUCGUGCCUACCACGCUCUCUUCAUGCACAACAUGCUGAUUCGACCCACUGCUGAGGAGCUGGAGAACUUCGGCGAGCCGGACUUCACCAUCUACAAUGCUGGUCAAUUCCCUGCCAACCGUUUCACUGCCGGUAUGACCUCCUCCACCUCGGUCGAGAUCAACUUCAAGAGGCACGAAAUGGUCAUUCUCGGUACCGAGUACGCUGGAGAGAUGAAGAAGGGUAUUUUCAGUGUCAUGCACUACUUGCAACCAGUCCGCUUCGGUCAGCUCUCUCUGCACUCCAGCGCCAACGAGGGACCCAACGGCGACGUCACCCUCUUUUUCGGUCUUUCCGGAACUGGCAAGACCACCCUCAGUGCCGACGCUCACCGUAGCUUGAUCGGAGACGACGAGCACGUGUGGUCCGACGCUGGUGUGUUCAACAUCGAGGGUGGAUGCUACGCCAAGUGCAUCAACCUCUCUGCUGAGAAGGAGCCUGAGAUCUACAACGCCAUCAAGUUUGGUUCCAUUUUGGAGAACGUGUCUUACGACAAGGUCACCAGAAAGCCGGACUAUGACGACUCUCACCUCACUGAGAACACUCGUUGCGCUUACCCUAUCGAAUUCAUUCCCAACGCCAAGAUUCCUUGCAUCUCCAACAGCGCACCCAAGAACAUCAUCAUGCUCACCUGCGACGCUUACGGUGUCUUGCCGCCCGUCUCCAAGCUUACUAGCGAGCAGGCGCAGUACCAUUUCAUCGCUGGAUACACCUCAAAGACACCCGGAACCGAGCAGGGUGUCACUGAGCCCAGCCCCACCUUCUCCACCUGCUAUGGCCAGCCAUUCAUUGUGCUGCACCCUCGCAGAUACGCGGCCAUGCUUGCCGAGCGUAUGUCCAAGCACAAGGCGGAUGCGUGGCUCAUCAACACUGGAUGGGUUGGCGGCAAGUUCGGACAAGGAAAGAGAUGCCCUCUCAAGGUCACCCGUGCCAUCGUCAAUGCCAUCCAUGACGGAUCUUUGGCCAAGGAAGAAUUCGUGCCCUUCGACACGUUUGGCCUGUACAUUCCCAAGGCCGUCAAGGGCGUCGAGGACGCGAAGUUGCUGGACCCUUCUCAAGCCUGGCCUUCCAAGGAUGGCUUCAACGCCGAAGUCAAGAAGCUGGCGGGCAUGUUCAACGAAGCUUUCUCCAAGUACGCCGAGGACGUCUCUCCCGAAGUGCGCAACGCUGGCCCCAAGAUUUGA